CACUGCAUUGAGGUUUUGCAAAGGGUGUGCUUGUUGUGUUAUCUAUUAUUAUCGGGAGACCGAGUGUGGCCAUAACCUCAUAGUGUCGACAUGGUUUGCGAGGAAGAGUUGCUGAUUGAAAAAGUGUGCGGGCUCUAUCAACAAAUCUCGAGCCUCGAGAGUCUGAAACCUUGCAAAAAUGUCGACAUGCUUUUCACCCAACUCGUCCUCACAUGCAUACCCCGCCCAAUAGAUGUCACAAACCUAAACAAAAACGUGCAAGAGAUUAGAUCUCAUCUUAUAAAACUCUGUGGUGAAGCCGAAGGCCAUUUAGAGACCCACUACUCAACCCUCCUAGGCUCAUACGACAACCCUCUCCAAAACCUUCAUAUUUUUCCUUAUUAUUCUAACUACCUCAAACUCGGUCUCCUUGAGUUCACCAUCCUCACCCAACACUGCACCCAUGUCCCCACCAAAAUCGCCUUCGUCGGUUCUGGACCCCUCCCUCUCACCUCGAUCGUGUUGGCGUCCAACCACCUACCUUCCACCACAUUUCACAACUACGACAUGGACCCUCUAGCCAAUUCCAACGCCAUGCGCUUGGUCUCCUCUCACCCUGACUUGUCCAACCGCAUGCUUUUCCACACCAGUGACAUAUUAGAUGUGUCCAACGCUUUGAAGGAGUACGAGGUUGUCUACUUAGCAGCACUUGUGGGCAUGGACAAGGAGGGCAAAAACCGCAUCAUCGAUCACUUGGCCAAGCACAUGAACCCUGGCGCAUUUCUCAUGCUCAGGAGCGCUCAUGGGGCAAGGGCUUUUCUCUACCCUGUCGUCGAGCCUUGCGAUCUCCGAGGCUUUGAGGUCCUCACCGUGUUCCACCCCACCGACGAGGUCAUCAACUCGGUUGUCAUAGCACGUAAAUAUCCUCUCCCUAUGCACUCGCUUGACCAAGGCCUUGCCUCCAAGAUCCUUCCCAACAAAUGCUCCGAGAUUCAAGCCUUCAACCCCCUCAACCAUGGCAACAUCAUCGAGGAAUUGGCCAUUGAGGAACAACUCUAGUCAACCAACUAAUUUCCUUUCGUCUUUUAUCUGUUCCUUGUCCUACGCGCUUAAGAUCAAGAUUAUUGGGUCAUGUGGUAUAGCAACUAAGUUACUUACUUAUUAAUAUCCCCACUUAUGUCCGACUCUUUUGUAUCUCAUCCACCAAAAAACUUAAGUGUUUUACAUAUUGUUGUUCUUCAAUUUGCAAUAAAUUAUAUGAAAGAGAUUCUGUGUUUUAGUUUUA